AUUUUACUUCCAAACGUUAUUUUGCUCCAAUGUAUUUUUCUUUGAAACGUCAAACGACAUAUCAACAUUUUAUAUUAUGAUUCGUUCAGUUAUCACAUUUCACAGUACUUUAAAUGACACAAAGUAACAUAACAUAUUAAAACAGUUUCUACUGAGUUUAAAUUAAACAAAAUGAUUUGUUUUUCAAAACGAAUUGAAAAAAAUUAAAAGGAGAAUUAACACAACGUACAAAUGUUGACCAUGCCCUCAAUGCCCCCAGAUGCUCACAAAAUAUCCCUCAAAAUAAUUGAGGCAAUACAACAACAUCCAGUUCUCUAUAUUUCUGAAGUCAAAGGUGGCGCAAUUAAGUUACAAGAAUUUAGACAGAAAGUUUGGAAACGAAUAGCGCUGGAGCUAGGCCUGGAUCCUGGUUGGGUUCGACUUCGUUGGAAAAAUUUGAGGGAUACCUAUUGCCGCAUAUUAAAGUACAAAAACAAGACUGAAAAAGGAAUCAGACGGAAGAAAUGGGUAUUUGAGGAUCAUUUAAGUUUCCUCAAGUUUCCUUAUGAAUCAGAUUAUCAGCCACAAUGUGUUGAACUUUCUGAGGAGUACAUACAGGAUAUAAAUGCUGGGGAUAAUAAUACAGAAGGACUUUUGGAGCAAUUAGAAGAUAGAACUGAUGACGAUUUCACGGAAUAUUUAGAAGUCCUAGAAGAAACGACUGCAGAUCCUAUAUUAGAUGAGAGCGAGGAUCAAAAGAUCGAAGUGCUUGAAGAUAGUAAUUCGUUCGAACAAAUUGCAAAUAAUAACGAAAUGCAGCAAGUUAUUGUGACCACCCCCAUUCACCAGAUAGAGUCGAAGUUUAGGAAAAUAAGGCCGAAGAGAGCUAAGUACGAACACCAACCUACGAUGGAUAUAUCUAAUACCUAUAGUAUUCUAAAGAAUUCUAACCAAAAUACUGGAAAUUUAAUCAUACCAUCGACGAGUGCUAAUGGUACGACUACUGGACCUAUUUUUUUGAGGAGCUCAACAGUGCUACCAUCUCCUGUUAGUCCGACCAAAAAUGCUAAUGACGUGAAAUUGACAGAGCCUAAUAUUGAUCAGGUUUAUUUAGCCCCAGAGGGUAAGAGUAGCAUUGAACUUUUCUUUGAUAGUAUGGCAGAGACUGUGAAAAAAUUACCUGCCAAAGCUCAAGCUGAUAUAAAAAUGGAAAUUUGUAAGCUUGUUACCGAAGCUGAAGUAAAGUACUCGGGACAAACUUCGACACAAAAUACCCAACAAUUCAUAGCUCCACCCGGUAUGAUUCCAAAAUUGGUGCUUAUACCUUGUAGUAUGAUUGAUAAUGCAAAUAAUAAAGGUUAAUAUACAAAUAUAA